CUCUCUCUCUCUCUGUCUGACAGGCAUUUUUGCUCUGUCACUCCCUGAUGUAAAUAUGUUUCAACAGGAUUAAUAGUCAUGCACUUGAGAUGGAGUGGAAUAUUCGUGUUUGUUUUUUUUUAAUGCUACUGAGCAGAUAAAACGUAUUGGCCCAGAAUCUCUUCUUUCAGACCAAAUGUUACCCUGCAAUUCCUGAUAAGGAUCAGCACUCCGGCUGCUCUAUUUUUAGAGGCAAGAUAUAGCAAAAAAUGUGGGGGGGGAAAAAAAAAGACUCAGUCUGGUUUCUAUUUUCAACGACACUACGGUUGCUCCAAAGGGACUUAGGAAUUCCAAGGACUGCAGUUGAGUCUAAUGGGUUAUUUAAGUUAAGGUCACCUGGAAUAUAUUUUAUUUACCUCUUCCUGUCAGCCCGGGCGCACUUGGGAGUCCGUCUCUUGGCUCGCAGCCUUCAUUCUGCGUGAUGAAUGAUCUCAUUAGUCAAUCACUGAACAGCCCAAUUUUCCGCCGCCACCAAAAAGGCCCGCUUGAAAUGGAAUUGGGUGGCAGCACGUCCCGGAAAAAUGAGUAAUAUAACUGGAAUGCACGUUUUAUUUAUUUAUUUUUCUCUUGCAGAGGUCCGUUGGCCUAAAAAUGCAGCAGUUCCAAGAGGAUCUAAAAAGUCAUCCCGCCCGGGUCACAGCCAUUUUGUGGACUUUUCCAUUGGACCUUCCCUCAAUUUUCCAUCUGGAUUGUUUGCUAGUGGGGGGGGGGGGCCUCUGAUUGUUGAAAUCUUCAACGUGAAACCCUUCCAGCAUUCAUAACACGAUUCAACAUGGUCCAAAAAUUUGAAAAAUAUACCACGUUAACUUUGUGAAUACAACUCCCGGCCCCAAAUCUUUAUUAAUUCCAGUCCGUACAGAUGUAAUCACAACAAAGUAAUGAGUAAUUAGGUUACUCUGAGGCGGUCGUUUCACAAAGCUGCUGCGCUGGGGAAUAAUGAUGCGUGUAAUUAAAGGCGAGCCUCCUGCUUUGUCUCCCUUGCUGAUUGAGUUGUGCUCAAACUUAAGACGUCACUUUCUCCUCCUCGCGCAUUAGAAAUGGAGCGAAGGCAGCGACGCUUCCUCAGCUUCUUUAAAAGAAAAUAAAAACAGUCAAUAAAAUUUAAGACAUCGAAUUUUAGACGUUGGAUUAAUUUAAAGGGUCGUUUAGCGGCCCCAAAAAUGGGCUAGACACGCCUGCGGUGACGCGUCAAUAAUUGUCGGGGAAUUGGCGCCCCCUUGUGGAAAGGUAAGAGAUCUACAACUUCAUAUUGAAUGACACUGAAUUGUAUGGAGUCUGAUUUACAUAAAUGAUCAAAAUGUUUGUUCAAAUUGUCCUUCAAUUCCAGAAUGACCCCAAGUUUUGUUUUUGUUGCUGUCGGUCUCUCCAAAGCAACAGGAAAAGCGCCGAUGGAUGACUCAUCUUUUGCAAGGAUAGAAAUCUAAAAAUGCCUGCAUUACAUAUUUAGAUAUGCGUUUAAAUGUUUUUUUUUUUUCGGGGAUGGAGGGAGCGCGGGGGGGGGGCGUGACGCUGACGCGCGUCUCUGCGUCUUGGAGGAGGGCAUGGGGUGGAGGAGAUGCACGUAAACGCCACGGUCGUCUUGACUCAGUCGGUGCCACAACAACAAUGGGCACCCUUUGCGUUUGUUUUUUUUCCUCCCUCCAGACCCAACAAGGUCGUCCAACGGGUGAGACCGGCGACAAAAAAAACCACCCCGACGGAGCUUUGUGACUGAGCAGCAUCAGGACCGUGGACCGUGGGUGUGUGCGCUUCAACUUCCGCCCCGCUUCUCCCCAUCGAGUCAUGUCUGAUCCCGAGCGAUGGGUAAGUUCGACGACAACGAGAGGAUAAUCCUCAACGUCGGGGGCACCAGGCACGAGACGUACAAGAGCACCCUGAAAACGUUGCCGGGGACGCGCUUGGCCCUGCUCGCCUCCGACUCGGACAUCGGCUCGGUGCUGGAUCAGCUGCAACAAGUCCCCGGCUUCAUCGAGUACAACGCGCGGACCAACGAGUACUUCUUCGACCGUCACCCGGGCGUCUUCGCUUACGUGCUCAACUACUACCGCACCGGUAAGCUCCACUGCCCGGCGGAUGUUUGCGGACCGCUUUUCGAGGAGGAGCUCUCGUUUUGGGGCAUCGACGAGACGGACGUGGAGCCGUGCUGCUGGAUGACGUACCGGCAGCACCGCGACGCCGAGGAGGCGCUGGACGUGUUCGAGCUCAACGUGGACACCGGCGAGCAGGAGGACGACGACGUGGCCAAGAGGCUCGGCAUCGAGGACGUGGCCCCCGACGGGAGCGGCAGCCUGUGGAGGAAGUGGCAGCCGGUCGUCUGGAAUCUAUUCGAGGACCCUUACUCCUCCAGGGCGGCCAGGUUUAUUGCCUUCGCGUCUUUGUUCUUCAUCCUGGUUUCCAUCACGACCUUUUGCUUGGAGACCCACGAGGCGUUCCACACCAUCAUCAACAAGACGGAGGCGACGCGGAACAGCAGCCUGCCCGAUCUGGGACCGCAGUACGAGAUUGAGACUGACCCCGCGCUCAUCUAUGUGGAAGGCGUUUGCGUCUUCUGGUUCACCAUCGAGUUCCUGGUCCGGGUGACCUUCUGCCCGGUCAAGUUGGAAUUUGUUAAGAGUCUCCUGAACAUCAUCGACUUUGUGGCUAUCCUGCCUUUCUACUUGGAAGUAGGCCUGAGUGGCCUUUCCUCAAAAGCUGCCAAGGACGUGUUGGGAUUCCUCAGGGUGGUGCGUUUCGUUCGUAUCCUGCGUAUCUUCAAGCUCACCCGUCACUUUGUGGGGCUACGGGUGUUGGGCCACACGCUACGGGCCAGCACCAAUGAAUUCCUGCUGCUCAUCAUCUUCCUGGCACUGGGAGUGUUAAUAUUUGCCACCAUGAUCUAUUACGCCGAACGCAUUGGCGCUAAGCCCAACGAUCCGACGGCGAGCGUCCACACCAAGUUCAAGAACAUACCCAUCGGCUUCUGGUGGGCCGUGGUGACCAUGACCACCCUCGGGUAUGGCGACAUGUAUCCAAAGACGUGGUCUGGCAUGGUGGUGGGCGCCCUGUGCGCUUUGGCGGGAGUGCUCACGAUAGCCAUGCCCGUGCCUGUCAUCGUCAAUAACUUUGGGAUGUACUACUCCCUGGCCAUGGCCAAGCAGAAGCUCCCCAAGAAGCGGAAGAAACACAUUCCCCAGGCGGUACAGGGAGGCUCCCCGACCUACUACAAAGCUGAUCUCACCGCCACCUGCAACAGCACUCAAGGUGACCUGUGCCACGUCAAAGGCGGCAGGGGACUCGAACGCAAUCGCUCAGUACUGUCGGCGGACUGUAGCGGUGGCAGCGACCUGACCGUGUCUCCGGAGGAAAGAGUCGCCAUGCGAAGGUCCAGCACCCGAGAACAGGACCGUCGGAGCGGGGGGACGUGUUUUCUAAUCGCUGCAAGCGAUUACAAUUGUCCUGCAGAUGGAGGCUUAAGAAAAACAGUGGGAAGACCCCAUUUGGAGGCAUUCCAGCCGCUCCUACAGGACAAUAAAGGAGGGAGUCGACGCAAAAACCACUAGGGAGACCCCGUCGGCCCCGUGACUCGGCACACGGAGGAGGAAGUUCCCCCGAAGAAUCCAAGAGGACGGUGACAAAGCAUUUAAUCCCCCGAGCAGGAGGCCAAAUAAGCCGACGGGACCCCCGAGCGCCAAUAGACGUGUGUAAAUAAGUCACCCGCGGCAACGCAAUUUGGUUGCUAAAUUGCACCGUCAAGACACUCAAAUCUCGCUCGCGCCGCCCUCCUUGCAAUAAGUGUUUUUUUUUUUUUUUGUCCGUCGAGGCACUUUUGUGUUCUAAAAUAGAGUGUUUUCUUAUUCUGGACAUGCAGUAUAUUCGAGAGACAACCGUGCUAAGUUGAGUCAACGUGACAUCUCUGCUUUUGGUCAAUUUCAGUCGGUUCAAAUGCUCUGCUGUGUAUUGAUGUAUGUGCAUAUCCUAUUUUUGGAAGGUCAUGUUCGGUGGGCUUUGGAUGUCGUCACUUUUCGAGAUUAGCACAGAAACGGACGAGAGAGUCCACCCCCGACCCCCACUGCGAUACAAGCGCCAUUGUAGAAGUCUCCCACUGUGCAUUGAACAUGCAACGACCCUGCGUCAAGUGCUGCAAAUGGAACCAAAUGAUUAUGAGCAGAGGUUUCCUCAUAACUCAAUGGUGGCUAAAAUCAGUUAAUUCUUCCAAAUGCAUCCAACUGUCUUUUUUUUUUUUUCUGGGAGAAAAUGUGUAGCAGAAAUUUACGAAUUAUACAGAUAUAUUUUUUACAAAAAAGUGGGACUUCUAUAAUGGCUGCUUUUGCACAGUAGCAAUUCCUUGUACCCAAAUAAUCAGAUCCAUUUUGUGAUAGGUGUACUAGGGCCACACUGAAAAGAAAAAAAAUAUAUAUCAGAAUAAAAUGAACAUUUUGAAAUGAUUACGAUCCGACAAUGGGCUCUAUUUUCAUGACCAGCGUAAAACCUGUACAUGCACAGCUGUGGCAACUUUGGCGGGCUGCGCCGCUGUGGAUGUGGUCACAGCCGACAACCGUGGCCAAUCAAAGCGAGUUUAAAACUACUUUUUUUCUUUUCUGCCUCUUCAAAUUCUGGAAAAAAAAAUACAAAAGUUCAGUAUUCUCGAAAAAAAAUGUCAGAUGCACUUUAAUCAUAUAUUUAUCAUCAAGACUCUCACUGUAUUUUGGAGGAAAAAAAAUCCUCUUGUCAAAUUUGUCAUUCAUUUUAGUCCUUCAUUUCCCUCGAAAGUUUUCUCGCAGGAUCACUUUUUCCAAAAACGAUUUUAUUCUUGACUGUAUUCCUCCCCCCUUUUUGUUUUUUCCUUCCAGUUUGGCCCUAAUGCUCCUUGGUCAAUUUGCAAUAAUCCCAAAAACCGAAAGCGCCAAGCCACACUGUGAUUCCAGUUAAAAAAAAAAAAAAAAAAAGAGAGGGUUGAAGGUUUAAAAAAAAAAAAAAAAAAUGGCAGAGGGAGACUGUCAGGUGGCAUUGUCGAUGUGUCGCCCACUCCCCAUCACCCUCCUUGUGUAGUACACACGCUGCUUUACUCUUGAAUGUGACAAAGGAGUACCGUUCUUUGUGUAUUUUUAAGAUGAUGUAAUUCUGGGGGGGAAACGUUAAAAAAAAAAAAAAAAAAUCGGUUUAUUUUUCUGAAUUCCAAACGUGUAUUUUUGUGUCUAACCGUUCAUGACCCUUACCUGUGAAAGUCACGGUCGCCCAACGCUGUGCUUAUUUUGUCCAUCGUGUCUCCGGAACGUCGUCGAGCUCUUUGAUUCCAAGUUCACGUUUUUGUAUGUUCUGUCGUGGGGACGAAUUGUAGUUUCGAGUCUGUAUCUGAAGUGCAUGCUUAAAAAGAGAAAAAAUUUGUGUCAAAGGCUAAAAAAAAAAAAAAAAAAAAAAAAGACACUGUAUAUCAUGUUGAGAACAAUGUGUAUAAAAGUGGAUACGAAGUGAAGGAUUCACAUAAACUAUUUAUCUUUUCAUGAA